UUUCACUUUGACAUUGACUCAUUUGACUCAAGAUAUUCUUGUUUAUCUGAGACUCAUGAGAAGAUACACAGGUCCGAAUUCAGAUUGGAGGCAGCUACACCGAUACUUGGCCUUUGUUCCCUCCUUGCUUCCUGCUCUAACUGUCACUGGCUGUGUUUGACUUUCGCAGUGUGAGUGGUGAGCUUCUCAUUCGCCUCCUCUUUUGACUUCUCUUCCUUUGAGAGGGAAAGAUACUCAAAGUGAGAGCAGAGAAAGAGAGGGAGCAAAGAAUAGGACAAAAAAGGUAAAAACAUGUGUUGUACGGGGAAGUGUGCCCGCCUGGUGGGCCUGAUUCUGCUGCCUUCCGCGUUCAUCUGCAUGAUCUCCAACCUGCUGCUGUUCUUCCCCGACGGGAAGAAACUGGAAAAUGAUCAGAUCUCCCUCCAGGUCUGGCUCAUGGGGGGGCUCAUCGGAGGAGGCCUCUUUAUGCUGUGUCCGAGCUGCUCAGCUAUCAGGGCUGGGGGCAAGGGUUGCUGUGGAACAGGUUGCUGUGGCAACCGUUGCCGAAUGCUGAACUCUGUAUUCUCCUCUGCUUUCGGCCUGGUUGGAGCAAUCUACUGCACCAGUGUGGCCUCUGCAGGUCUGGCUAUUGGACCCAAGUGUCAGGUGGCCAACGGCAAUUGGGAAUACCCCUUUGAAGACCUUGGCACUGGUAAUGGCAGCUACCUUGUGAACCAGACUCUGUGGACAAUCUGUAUUUACCCUGCCAAUGCAGUGAUGUGGCACGUCGUUCUGUUCUCCAUACUGCUGGCCAUGGGAGUGGUGCAGCUGGCACUCUGCGGCAUCCAGGUGGUCAACGGCUGCUUGGGAUGCAUCUGUGGGGACUGCCGCGACAGCAAAGAUGAUGAUGGUGGAUUGUGAAAGUGAAGAAGAUCGCCCGGUUGUAACACACUUUCACAAGGGCCAGGAGGCAUCUUUAGGGAUACCUCUCUAUGAAACAUCUAGGGGUUUUCUUUUGAGUCUGUAUAUUAGAUGGCUUUUUCAAAUCUAUCAAAGCCUUACUCCAUUAUUGUAUGAAUGUUUUUCUAGCUGAUUGUGUGUGUUGCUGGAUUUAUUUUAGGUUGAAAUCUACAUUUAAAUAAUCCCUGAAUUAAUAAAUAAUUUCCAUACUGAAGACACCACACAUAUAUGAAUCAAUGUGUUAUUGUAAAUAAUGAUUUGUGUUUGUUUAAUGUGCCUCUAUGUGGGUAUACUGUAUAUCAGGUAAGUUUGACAAGACAGCUGAUGAAUUAAAGUAUAUA